UCGGGAGUCGUAGUUCUGCGCACCCUGAGCACGUGACCGGCCACGGCGCGGCUGGAAGGCGUGCUCAGCCGCACCAGACAUGAAAGCGGCGGUGAGGAUGGUGACUCGCAGCCAGAGCCGAGCAACUGGCUUUGGGUCGCUGGGAAAUGGGGAAGAACCCCCGCCGCCUGGGAACCGAGAGGUGGCUGCAGAAGAAAGAAAAAAACACAGGCCUGUGAAACGACAGCGGAAGGUGCAGAAACUGCACGUGGCCUAUGAGGCCUCAGAUGGUGAGAAAAAUGAGGGGACUGACCCCCUUGAGGUGACAGUUUGGGAGCCACGGGACUGGAAGCAGGAGCUAGCCAAUAUCCGCACCAUGAGAAGCAGGAAGGAUGCGCCUGUGGACCAACUAGGGGCUGAGCACUGCUAUGACUCCAGUGCCCCACCCAAGGUACGAAGAUACCAGGUGCUGCUAGCUCUGAUGCUUUCCAGCCAGACCAAAGACCAGGUGACAGCAGGCGCCAUGCAGCGACUUCGGGCCCGGGGUCUGACAGUAGACAGCAUCCUGCAGACAGAUGACAACACGCUAGGCAAGCUCAUCUACCCUGUGGGAUUCUGGAGGACCAAAGUAAAGUUCAUCAAGCAGACGAGUGCCAUUCUGCAGCAGCACUACAAUGGGGACAUCCCAGCCUCUCUGUCAGAGCUGGUGGCACUGCCAGGCGUCGGGCCCAAGAUGGCACACUUAGCUAUGGCUGUGGCCUGGGGUAUUGUGUCAGGCAUAGCAGUGGACACACACGUGCACAGAAUUGCUAAUCGACUGAGGUGGACCAAGAGAAUGACCAGAUCCCCUGAGGAGACCCGCAUUGCCCUAGAAGAGUGGCUGCCCAGGGAGCUAUGGAGUGAGGUCAACGGGCUAUUGGUGGGCUUUGGCCAGCAGAUCUGCCUGCCCGUCCAUCCUCGCUGCCAGACUUGCCUCAACAAGACCCUUUGUCCUUCUGCCCAGAGCUUCUAAGGGCCAUGAGGCUUCAGCUUGGGUCCUG